UUUAAAUAAAUAAUAUCACUCAAUUUAUUUAUUUAUUUUAUCAACUUUAACACUACAAUUUUAAAAAUUCUUUAUUUGUUUUGACGAAACGAAUGAUUAUUCAAGGCAACCAAAUUGGCAUGAAACAAAGUCAUCAUUUUGCAAAUUCUCACAAUUUUGAGGAUACAAAUAUUGAUUUACCUAAAAAUCACUACCUUUUUUAUUUUGUUUUCUUUUGUUGUUAUUGCAUGACCGUUCAAUAAUUUAAAAAGUUAGCAUUGACUUGAUGAAAAGUUUAACAAAGUCUUUCACUAGACAAUCAUGAUUCAUCUUUAUUUCACUUGGACUUAUAUCUUGACAAAGCAAAGACUUCACUUAAGAAUGAAUUUGACUAGCUAUUUAUGAACAUAGUGCUGCUUGGAAAAUUUCUGAACCAAUUUUAUUUUCAGAAAAAUGGCUACAGAAGACAACACAUCUCGCCAACAACAUUUACAUAGAGUUGCUUCAGCUCAGCAUAGGAGACCUCUCCUCCAUUUAGUUUCCACUAAGGAACACAGACAUAGAUACCUAACCCAAUGUGUACCCCUUUACAAAGCAGCUCGAAAAGGGGAUUGGAAAGAAGCCAAAAAAAUAAUAGACCAAGAUAAAACAUUAUUAGUUUCCGCCAUAACAAAAGGGUGGGCAACAGUACUCCACAUUGCAGUUGGAUCAAAUCAUGUUAACUUUGUUGAUGAGUUGGUAAAAUUAAUGGACCCUAAUGAUUUGGAAUUGAAAGACUACAUGGAUAACACUGCUUUUUGUUUUGCUGCUGCUGUUGGAAAUGUGGAAAUUGCUGAAAUAAUGAUGAAUAAUAGAGGAACUUUGGCAUCAAUUAGAGGUGGACAAGGUGUUACUCCUCUUUAUUUGGCUGCUUUAGAGGGGAAAAAUGAUAUGGCAAAGUAUUUGUUUAUUAAAUCUAAAGAAAUGCUAGAUGAAAAAGAUUGGAGUAUGGUGUUCCUCACUUGCAUACAGUCUGAUCUCUAUGAUUUAGCUCUAGACAUGCUAAAUGAGAAUGUAACACUAGCUUUUGCUCGUGGAGAUAACAAUGAGACAGGCUUACAUUUAUUGGCUCGAAAACAUUCGGUUUGCGGUUGUCAAAGUCUUGUGCAUCGCAAAAACCCCCUGCAUUUAUGUAAGAGAGAUGGUCCAAUCCUAAAGCUCAUAAGACGCAUGUGGGAUGAAUUUCUUAACUUAGAUGACUCAGAGAUGAUGGAAGUCAUGAGAGAACCAUCUCAAGUAACAUUUCUUGCUGCAGAGAAUGGAAAUUUUGAGUUUCUAUCAAUUGUUAUGAGCACUUAUCCUGAUUUGAUAUGGGAACUAAAUACAACUGGUCAAAGCAUAAUUCACAUGGCUGUUUUGCACCGCCAUGCUAGUAUCUUCAAUUUGAUACAUGAAAUAGGUACUUUCAAAGAUUUCAUAAGUGCUUUUGUAGAUGAUAAGGACAAUAAUUUAUUGCAUGCUGUUGCAAAGUUAGCACCACCAGAUCGACUCAAUAUAGUUCCUGGAGCAGCUCUUCAAAUGAUGCUUGAAUUGUCAUGGUUUGAGGAGGUAAAGAAGAUAAUGCGACCAUCACUAAUAGAAAUGCAAAAUUCCGAAGGAUCUACACCUUGUCAACUAUUUACGAAAGAACAUGAAGAAUUGCUCCAAAGAGGAGAGUCAUGGAUGCAGAGAACAGCAAGUUCUUGUAUGGUUGUUUCAACUCUCAUUGCUACAGGAGUUUUUUCUGCUCCAUUUAGUUUACCUGGUGGAAAUAAUGAUGACACACGAUCUCCAAAUUAUUUGGACAAACCUUCCUUUCUCGUAUUUUCUUUAUCAGAUUCCAUGGCACUUAUCUCAUCUUCAACUUCAGUACUAAUUUUUCUGUCUAUCCUUAUAUCGCGAUAUGCAGAGGAAGAUUUUCUCAAGUCAUUGCCUUUCAAGUUGCUAGCUGGAUUAGUGACAUUGUUUGUCUCAAUAAUCAGCAUGAUGGUAGCAUUUAGUAGUGCCUUCUUUAUAACAUAUUAUCAUGGUUUGAAAUGGGUUCCAAACUUCAUUGCUGCCCUUGCAUUUUUACCAAUACCAUUGUUUAUUUUCCUACAAUUUUCUUUAUGGUCUGAUAUAGUAUACUCUGCCUACGUUUGUAGUACUUUAUUUAGGCGAGGUAAACCUAUGAUUCACUAGAGCUAUCAAGUAUCUUAGGUAGAGGAGUGUUAAAUUGAAGUUAUGUAUGUCAUGAUAAUUUGAACUACUCUAUUCAGAAUGAAAAUAUAUUUUUGCUUAUAUUUCA